UUAUGAUUUAUUAAUUAAUAUGCUAUUAAUAUUUGAAUCCAUAAUUGCUUUUUCUUUUAUUAUNAGAAUCAUGGUUGAAUAAUCGAAAACCAUCAUUAAUUUAUUAUUUUUAUGGAAUUGAUGAUUAUUCUCAUCAUUCAUUACCUAUACCUGAUUAACCAUUCUUACAAAAUUAUAAUUCUGAUUAUGAUGAAUUAUAUUAUAUACUUACAGAAUGUAGAGUAAGAAAAACUCCAUAAGAAUAAGAUAUUAUGAGAUAUAUUUGUAAAAUUAGUAGUGAGGCUCAUGAAUUGGUUAUUAAAAACAUAAGAAAAGGAAAUAAAGAAUAUUAAAUGGAAGCUUUAUAUUAAUAUCAUACAUUUAUAAAUCAUGGUUGUCGAUUUACACCUUAUGAAUGUAUCUGUGCAUCUGGUACAAAUGGUUCUGUUUUACACUAUGAAGAAAAUUCAAAAACAAUUAAUGAAAGGGAACUUAUAUUAAAUGAUAUGGGAGGUAAGUUCUAUGGAUAUUGCAGUGAUAUUACAGUAACUUUUCCUAGUGAUGGAAGAUUUACAUAAAAAUAAGCUAUUAUUUAUAAUGCUGUUCUUGAUACUCAAAGAUAAGUUCAUAAUUCCUUAAAAGUUGGAGUCAAUUGGGGAGAUAUGUAAUUAUUGGCUGAAAGAACAAUAACUAAACAUCUAUAUAAUGCAGGUUUAAUUAAGGGAUCAAUGGAAGAUCUUAUAAAAAAUAGUAUUUGUAGAUUAUUCUUUCCCCAUGGAUUAGGUCAUAUGUUAGGUUUAAGAACUCAUGAUGUUGGAGGAUAUAAUAAAGGUACUCCUCCAAAAAUACCAGGUUUUAUUAUUUAUUUAAUAUAGAAUUAUCUUAAUUAUAAUUUCGUAGAGAUUUGGAUGUAGGAAUGAUAUUUACUAAUGAACCUGGAAUUUAUUUCAUUGAUUUCAUAUUACAAGAAGCUUAUAAAGAUCCUAAUAAAAUGAAAUAUUUGAAUAAAGAAAGAAUUUAAGAAUUUAUGCAUGUAGGAGGUGUAAGAUUAGAAGAUGACAUAUUAUUAACAGCUAAUGGUCCAGAAAUACUUAAUGAUGUACCUAGAACUAUUAAAUAAGUUGAAGCAUGUUGGAGAGGUGAAGAUUGGAGAUAAAUAAAUGAUUGA